AGCUAGCCUUAUUCAUUCAAUUGAGGCCGGGAAGAGUCAUUCAUAAUUACCUACCUAGGUAUAUAUAUUAGGUAUUAUUCAAUCUUUGCCUUUCGGCUUUUUAUAUGACGACGUUUGGCUCGUUCAACAUAAUUCGGACAGUCAAUCUAAAUCACAUAUUCUGAAUCAAAUCAAUGAGUAGACGGAACAACUAACCGGAUGACUUUGAAGAUUUGUUUUGGAGGAUGUUCUAUGAGUGGACGGGGAUCCAGGUGCAAAUGCAAAUGCAAAUAUUCACUGACUGGGUAAAGUAUGGUGGUAUUAGGUGAAUCGAUCGUUCACCUGACUUUUAUGAUUUCGUCUAGACAAUCUGGUAGGUUCUCUCUAAAAGGUUAGUUGAGCAAAUUCGCAAUUUCUAUUCAUGCAACGAAUGCUCUAUCAAUACCAAAUAAUUAGAAACAAUCAUUUGAUGGUAGUAUUAGCCGCCAUCCACCUUUACGUUCAUACCCUAACUUACCUUUCAACAGGAGUCACAAUGAGUGUAAAUGCGGACGAGAACGACGAAGCUAGGGCUUCACUUGUCGAUAUUUUACCUGUCGAAAUAAUCCGGGCUAUCUGCGAAUAUCUCCCGGUAAAAGAUGCAGCUAAUUUUCGAUUAACGAGCAAUGUUUGCGCUGCAGCUGGAGUGGAUCGUCUCGUCCAGGUUAUCUACCUUAUAUUUACUAGGGAGAGCUUCGAAAAACUACUCAAUAUCUCGAAACAUCCCGAGAUGUCGAAGCAUGUCGUAACAAUAUGGUAUGAGCCAUUUGUGAUGGAGACAUUGGACGGAAAUGAAUUUCGCAGCAGGGACUACGGACUAGAAAGUAGUAAGAAACCCCUCAAAGUCACAGCUUUCGGUUCAAACAUCUCAUGCUUUUAUAGUUUACAAUAAGAUUCGGGAAGAUCAGAAUUUAAUGAAGGAGAGCAAAUUUAGUCAAUGGAUCUUUUCACAAGUGCUACCAAAGUUCCGCUCUCUGAAAAGAUUCGUCAUGGAAAACCGUAUUGCGAGACCAAAUAGGCGUUUAUCCCAUGGUCUCGACCCUAUGGCAAUCAUUCCCCAAUUUGGAUUUUUUGAUAGGAAGUGCCAUGAAGAAGUUUUAGCAUUUCUCUCUGCUGCUGGAAAGGCUGACACGAAGCUGGAGUGGCUUCAUAUUGACCGAAUAGACUUGAAUAUGCUGUAUCGUGCCUCAAAUAGCACUGGUAUCAUAUUUCCAGAUGGACCAGAUGCUCGAUAUCUUCGCUAUCUUCAUCUUGGAGUAUGGAACUUGCCCUCUUACCACGUAUUGAGGCAAUUGCUACAAGCCACUUCUAACCUCGAACAUCUUACCAUCGCAAAGGUGUCUGACUUCAGCUUCGGGUAUAUAGAUUGGGAUGAAGUCGUACCGGGUUUGACACUGCCACGUUUAGGAGUCCUGGAAUUCUCCUAUGUCGAAGGCAGCAGUACCUCGCUUGCCAAGUUCCUCCAGAGACAUAGCAAAUCUCUAAAAUCCUUUAAAAUCCGGCAGUGUAGCUUAAAAAGCGAUCCCAAAGACUGGGCUGAAGUUUUUGAUACAAUCAGAAAUGAUUUGACCCUCCAAAAAGUGAAUUUUAUGGGCAUUAGACUUCAAGAGCCCAACAUUGCAGCAGGCUUUGAGCAUGGCAUUAACUUUAUCAUAUUGACACAUAUCUACCAUGGCCACCGAUUUAAGUCGUUACUGAAUGACCGCCUUUUACACAAGGAUCUCUUAGCGAAAGAAUGUUCUCUCAUACCGAGCGUACUUUGGUAUGACUAUAGAGACUUUGGUAGGACGGAGAGCCAAAAGGCGAAGGCCAGGCUUGAAGAACUUGAGUCACAAGGACUUUCAUGGGAUGUUAAAAGUGAAGAAGAUAUGCGACUACGGCAAUUCUGGCAAUUCUUAAACCAUUGGUAGCUCAAGAAUGACUAGCGUCGUUCAUAAUUUUCAUAUUCAACACAUACUCUCUGUUGAGAGAUAGCACCUUUCUGAGAAAUUAGCAUUUAUGGACUCCUAUAAAUUUAACACAUUUCACAUGAUGACCAUAUGUAGUCCUGGCUAUAAAACAAUCA